AUGUCUUUCUCACAUUGUUCUUUUUGUCAACAUCGUUGUCAGGGAAUCUUAAAUUUACCUUAUUUUACUUUUACACCACCUUCAAUAUUGACUUUUCACUGGUUAUAUCACCAACCUUACGACCAAGCACAACAUUUGACUUGUGAAUAUUCAAAUAGAUCUCUAAUGAUGGCACUUCAUCGUAACUUUUCUCUACAUAAGAAGCGGCGAUCCAUGAAGAAUAAGGGCUAUCUUAAUAUUGGUAAUAAUGAUAGCAAUGGGUUAAAAUUGCAUAUUGAUAAAUCAGAUAAUUCGGGAAAGAGGCGUGACUGGGAAUUACCAAGGAAAACUUUGCAUUCAUCAAUUGGAUUUAUCGUUUUCUAUCUUUACUCUAGAGAUACAGAUCCGAUUUUAAUAAGGAAUUACCUGGUAAUCGCAUUCAUAUUCAUAUCGGCUGUGGAUGCCUUACGAUUCAGCAACAGAACGAUCAAUAAUCUAUACAUAAAGUUUUGCGGGUUCUUAAUGCGAGACAUUGAAAAAACCGAAAAGUAUAAUGGUGUUAUUUAUUACCUUGCUGGAUGCAUUGGAGCAUUGACAAUAUUUCCAAAAGACAUUGCCGCAUUAUCAAUCAUAAUCUUAGCUUGGUGUGAUACAGCGGCAUCUUAUAUUGGGCGAAUAUGGGGACAUUACACAUUUAGAUUUAAGAAUGGUAAAUCAUUGGCUGGCACAUUAGGGGCCAUGACAUUUGGAGCAUUAUCUGGUCUAUUAUUUUGGGGAAGUGACUUGUUCAUUCGACGAUAUGUUGUCAAAGGUCAUCAAAUAUUCGACACUCCAAGUUGGCAAUCAGAGAAAAUUUCGCUACCUGUAUUAGUGCUUCUAACUGGCGUGAUCGGAGGUGUGAGCGAAUUAAUUGAUCUUUGGGGUCUAGAUGAUAAUUUGGUUAUUCCGUUGGCAGCUGGGAGUAUGUUGUGGAUUCUGUUGAAAGGGUUUAGUGGUCUGAGUGAUGUUGGCUCUUGGAUUGGAAUAGUGUAG